CCCCCUCUAUAAAUUCAACUCCAGGGUUCUUGUUCCUCUUUGCGCUCCUCUUAUUUGACUCGAAUCUCAGAGCUCGCCAUCUGUCAAUUUAGUGAAAACUUCAGAACCCGGGAAUUUUUUCUAGCAUCCACAACUUCCGUUUACAUUUUAAAGUCAAAAGAUGGCUGAGGAGGGUUAUAAGGUGAGCUUGCAUGCAUAUGAUUUAAGUGGAGGCCUAGCUCGCCAACUCUCUAUGUCAUUCCUCGGGAAGGCUAUUGAAGCCAUAUGGCACACAGGUGUGGUAGUAUAUGGUACCGAGUACUAUUUUGGGGCUGGUAUCCAACAAAUCCCGGCUGGAACAGCACCAUAUGGGGCUCCACUCCGAGUGAUUGAUCUUGGUGUUACCCAUGUCCCGAAGGAUGUGUUUGAGAUGUAUUUACAGGAGAUAAGUCCGCGCUACACAGCAGAAACUUACAGUUUACUGACACAUAACUGCAAUAAUUUUAGCAAUGAAAUUGCACAAUUUUUGGUGGGUGCCUCUAUCCCAGAGUACAUCGUCAACCUACCAAAUGAAGUCAUGAAUAGUCCAAUGGGAGCUCUGAUAAUGCCUAUGAUCCAGAAUCUCGAGACCACAUUGAGGGCGGGUGCUGUCCCACAAGCUCCUCAGUUUAGGCCAUCUCCAGUGCAAACAAUUCCAGAAGUAUCAAAGAAACCCAAUGAAUCAUCAGAAAGCAUCCAAAUUCGACCACAGGAAAAUGCUAGUGCUAGCAACGGUAAUACCAAGUCGACCCAUGAGAACACGAUUCCUCCCGCAGUUGUUCCCGCUGGAACGCCACAAGAUCAGAAACCAAUAGCCGACCCGCUCGGGGACGCAAGGAGCAAGGUGCAAGAAGAGAUUGGGAAAGAGUUUGCUGCAAUCAUGGCAAGCGGAACGUUUCGUGCAAGCGAGGCCGCAGCGCUCGCAACCAAGAAGGUGAUGCAGAGAUAUGGGCACAUGAAAGCAGCACAAAGCUGAAACAGGCUUCGCGAUUUCUUCUAGUUUUCCUUUUCUGAAUAUUUCAUUGGACGGCAUAAACUUCCGAAAUCAUUGUUGUGACUGCAUAUAAUCGGAUUAUAUGAUCUAUUUACUUGCAUUUGAUCGUAUUAUAAGAUCGAUUUUCGUGC